UCCUGCGAGCAGCGAGCGCUCUCUGACCAGCAGGAAUCUGUUCGCCUUUUCUGCGGAGAUUUAAAGGAAUUUGUGUUUUUUUUUUUCCUGUCGUAUUCAGAGCUGCACGUUUGGGAGUUUUGGGUGGGCGGACGCUUGGGAGGGAUGAAAACUUGAGAAGGCGACGCAUGACAUCUCCCCUGCCUCCGAAUGAGGAGUUUGUAGAAAGACCUGACUCGACGACGCUCUCGGGAGAGCAGAUGGAGGGACCAGAAAGUAAUCGUUACUGUGCGGGCUGUGGAGUGAAGAUUCAAGACUCGUUUCACAUGAAGGUUCUGCAGGACACCUGGCACAACGCCUGCUUUCAAUGCUCCGUCUGCUCGGACCACCUGACUAACUGGUACUAUGAGAAGGAUGGCAAACUCUACUGUCAGAAACACUACUGGGAGAGGUUUGGAGAGCUCUGCCACGGCUGCUCUCUCCUCAUGACUGGACCUGCGAUGGUGGCCGGAGAGCACAAGUACCACCCCGAGUGCUUUGUGUGUCUGAGUUGCAAAGUAGUGAUUGAGGACAGGGAUACUUAUGCUUUAGUGGAGCGUUCGAAACUCUACUGUGGAAAGUGCUACAAGCAGGUGAUCCUCACGCCCGUGUUGGAGAAACGCUCUCCCGACUCGGCCCUUGACUCUCUGCCGCACACGGUCACCCUCAUCUCGAUGCCGUCCGCAGCCAACGGCAAGAGGGGCUUCUCCGCGUCAGUGCUGAGGGAUGUCAACGGCUUGGCAAGCGUCCAGGUCAAAGAGGUCAGAGGGAUGCUUAUUAGUCCAGAGGUGCGUAAUGCCAUCCAUGUUGGAGACCGAAUCCUGGAGAUCAAUGGCCUUCCUGUUGGGACUUUGAUGGAGGACCAGGUGGACCAUCUCAUUCAUCGUACCAGUCACACACUGCAGCUGCUUCUGGAGUACGACCCAGUCAGGCAACGCUUAGACCGCCUCAGACUGGGAACACCCACCAACCAGCUGGGAGUCCCGGCCACCUCCCGCAUGCGUUUGUCCUCACCAUCUGAUGCGGUCCUGGAGAGAACAGAUGUGGUGGAUGACGGCACACUGAAAAGAAGGUCUUUGAGACGCAGUAACAGCAUAUGUAAGUCUCCUGGUCCAAAUUCUCCAAAAGAGUCCCCCUUCAUUGCAAAAGAUAUCUGCCGCUCUGAAUCCUUGAGAUCCUCCAGUAGCUGCUCUCAUCGUAUUUUCCGGCCAUGUGACCUCAUACAUGGCGAGAUCUUGGGAAAGGGCUUUUUUGGACAGGCUAUCAAGGUGACUCAUAAAGCCACGGGAGAGGUGAUGGUGAUGAAGGAGCUGAUCCGCUGCGAUGAGGAGACACAAAAAACGUUCCUGAAGGAGGUCAAAGUAAUGCGGAGUCUCGACCAUCCCCACGUUUUGAAGUUCAUCGGCGUGCUGUACAAGGACAAGAGGCUCAAUUUGAUUACCGAGUUUAUUGAGGGCGGCACCCUUAAGGAUUUCAUCAGAGAUAUGGAUUCGUUUCCAUGGGAACAAAGGGUGAGCUUUGCGAAGAGCAUCGCCUCUGGCAUGGCAUACCUUCACUCGAUGAGCAUCAUCCACAGAGACCUCAAUUCUCACAACUGCCUGGUUAAACUGGACAACACUGUAGUCGUCGCUGACUUUGGACUUUCUCGACUCAUAGUAGAGGAGAAAGUUAAACCUCCUCCUGAAAAACCUUCCAAUAAGAAGAGGUUGUUCAGACGUAUUGAUCGAAAGAAGCGGUACACUGUUGUGGGAAACCCUUACUGGAUGGCUCCAGAAAUGCUAAAUGGUAAACGCUAUGAUGAGAAGGUGGACAUUUUCUCCUAUGGAAUAGUUCUUUGUGAGAUAAUAGGGAAGGUCUAUGCAGACCCCGAGUGCCUCCCCAGGACUCUGGACUUUGGUCUCAAUGUUGGCAAGUUUGUGGAGAAGUUCCUCCCUGAAGACUGUCCACAAGCUUUCUUCCCGCUGGCGGUGGCCUGUUGUGACCUGACACCAGACAACCGUCCACCUUUCCAGAAGCUUGAGGACUGGUUUGAAGCUCUUUCACUCAACCAGGAGCUGAAAAUCCCCCUGCCAGCUGAACUGGAGGAACUGCAUCAGAGUCUGAGUCGACUCUACUGGUCUAAAGAUCCAAUCCAAGGCUCCGAUCAGCCGUUAACCCCAACGGCUGCGUCUCCCGUCUGCUCCACCUUGAACAACAGUGACACCUAAGAGUUGUACUUGCCUGGCCUAUAAUUUACCUUUCGGUGAUGCCUUGUAACUGCUGCACUAAUACUGAGGAUGAGAAAAAGAGGAAACCUGUGAUGAACCGGGGCCCUAGUAGAACUGGAUAACAUGGCGGUAGCUGGACCAGUUGCCCCGUCCAGAACCGUAACUCUUGAGUGCCUCUGAACUGCAUUGAGAGUCGGACGUUGCAUUUCAAAACAAUAAGUGUUAAUAACAAAUUUCUUUUACUUUGCCAAGGCCCCAUUUAACAACAUGGGUCUGUUCUUUAUGUUUACAGUGUACAAAGAAACAAGUUUAAGUAGUUAAUUCCCCAUGAACAAGAAUCUUUGUAAGGUAGAGGACUCUGUUCUCACGUGAUAGCCGUUUUGUUUUUCUUUGCUUGAAGUUGUCUGUGUGACACACACGUCAGUCCAUGCCCUCAAAGUGGCCUCACCUGAGCAGCAGAGAAAACAAAGAUCUCUGACAGUCGACCCAGAAUGCUGGGAAUGUUGGAAGCCUUUUCAUCUCGAGCAUAACAUUUUAAAAUAUCCAAAAAAAUCGAGCCGAACGAUAAAUAAAAAAAGGUUGUUUGUUUUUUCAGUUUGAGGGAGUAAUUUUAGAAAAAGGAGGAUUCAGAAAAAUCCAAAAUGCCUGCAUGAUGAUCCAGGUUUCUUAUUGAUUUUAAACAUCCAGUGCCUUGAUGUCAAAAACCACAAAGCAACAUGUUUUACUCUUGGUAGCAUUCUUUUCAAUUAUAUUUUCUGUUUGUCUAAGACAAGUGGAAAAACGGCAAUCCUAAUGAGCUCGAGGUCGGUGUCCUCUUUCCAUCGUACAUUAUCCAAGAGUCUUGCCGUCUUGUAUCUGUCUUUCAGUAGCGUCGUCCUGUUUGGUCUUCAGCUGUAGAGGUCUGCUUAAUUCAGAGUGCAGCGUACGGUACGGGCUGAGGCAACCACUUCAGAUUUCUCCAGCUCAGCCUCAAUCUUAAUAACAGUUUCUGAUCUCGUCAAAAAGACUGGCCAGGAUUACAAACUAAUACCACAUGGAAAUGAAAGCCCUUGGAGGAAGGCUGAAGCACACAGGCUCAAAUAAAACAUGCAAAUCCCUCAGAGCCGAGAUUCAAACCAGGAGCCGACGUGUUCAGAGGCAACUGUGCGACCUGCUGCACUCAUUGUUCCUUUAAGUAAAACCAUCAUGUUUUGGUUGAUUCAGGCCCAGAUAACACUUAAGAUGAAGCAGAAGCGCUGCCUUUUUGUGGAUGACUUAAUUCAAUUUGAUCAAAAUUGUUGUCAGUUUCUGUCUCUGAGGUACAUUUUUUGUACACUAUAAAGAAUCGCUCUACCGGUUGUGUGUUUGGGAUUUGUACCAAUAUAUUUGUAUUGUACACAACUUGUUCCUUUUGUAUUUGUCACUGAGGAUGUUUUAAGUUCUGUACUGACAAGUCGGGGGUUGGAUGAACACUGAACAGCACUGGGGGCGGAGCGCAGAGCUUCAAGGAAGCAGAAGUAACCUGAAAAGGGCUGUUGGGGAAUCACGUGUACCACAAAUCUCAUUUUUGUCACAUCUAUUUUUUUUUUUUUGA